UUCCUUAUAGGCACACAUAAGCAUUCAUAAUUCUCAACGCCGAGACAAUAAGACGUGUACGCAUCGACCUUCUUUUCCAUGCACGCACCCCACCCAAUGCACAUCACCGUCGGUAGUUGGUGACGGACGUCUGCUCCCUCAUUUAAUCCCCAAGUAAAGCAUCAUCACCCUCUGUUGUUGGUGACGGGGCUUAUUUAAUUCACGGAGCACCCCACCGCAGCGCGCACGCACGGAGCCAGACGUCACCAUAUGUAGUUGGUGACCGGCGUCUACCUUCCCCUGCUUAUCUAAUCCCCCGCUAUCUGCUGCUGCUGCUGCUCCUCCUCCUCCUCUGUCGGAGCGGAGCGGGGUAAUGGAGGUUCGAUUGGAGAGCUUGAGAUGGACGGGGGCGAGCCCAAGAAUCUCAUUCUCCCACGACGUCGACCUCCCGCAGACCGACGCCUCCGAGUCCACCGACGCCGAUCGCCGCCUCGACGUCUCCCUUCCUCUGGAGGUUUCCGCACCCUCCGACUUCGACUUCAGCCUCGCCAUCGACGCCCUCUCCCAUGACCAUUCCCUCGCCGACGAUCUUUUCUCCGACGGCAAACUCCUCCCCCUGCCCAUCAAGAAUCCUCCCUCCUCGUCGCGGCCGUCGGCGCCAGUAGCAGCCCCUCCUGCAACAGCCACAUGCCGGAGGAGCCGCGACAGCCUCCGGGAGAUGAUGACCGGUCCCGAGGCGAACGGCAUCGGAAGAGCUUCUCCGCCGACGCCCUUUUGGCGGUUCCGCAGGAGCAGCAGCGUCGGCUACGGAAGCAGCAGGAGCAGUCUUUGCCCCUUCCCCUUGCUGCGGAGCAAGUCCUCGGGUUCGUCGUCCACGCAAAGGCCAAACGCUAAGCCGGGCAUCACCGACAACAGCUACUCAUCCGCCGGUAUCGGCAAAGGCAGCAGCCGCCCAUUCAGCGAGCUGUUCAGGAAAGGCGCAAACGAACCCAAGACAAAAGUCUACUACUACUCGGGGAAUUCGCGGCGAUCAUACGGUAGCAAUGCAGUGAGAAUUAGUCCGAUUCUGAACGUGCCGACGCCGGGCAGCGGCAGCAUAUUCGACUAUCUUCUCUGCAAACGAGGGGACAAGAGCAUGAGCAAGAGCUCAGCUGUGACUAGUUAUCCAUAGUUGUUUGUUUGUAAUGAUGGGAGCCUUACUUUGCUAUCACGGGCCGCCUCCUCUCACUUCUUUUUCUCCUUUGGCCUUCGUCUACUCCACCAUGCGGAGUGCCAGGAAUCGUGGGCUGGGAAUCAUCAAGGAUGCUGCGGGAAUGGGGGACAGCAAGAACAGGUCCAUGUUUGCAUGCUUGUUAGGUUCCUUGGCGUGUUUGUGCAUUUAAUCUUUCACUUUGUUACCGCUUCUUUUCUCUUCUCCCUUCUCUACAGUUAUUUGAUUCUUUUGGUGGAUUGGCUUUCUUUUA